AUGGGCAAGUUUGACGACAACGAGAGGAUAAUCCUCAACGUCGGGGGCACCAGGCACGAAACCUACAAAACCACCCUGAAGACCCUGCCGGGGACGCGACUGGCCCUGCUCGCCUCCGACUCGGACAUCGACUCCGUGCUGGAUCAGCUGCAACAAGUCCCCGGCUUCAUCGAGUACAACGCGCGGACCAACGAGUACUUCUUCGACCGCCACCCGGGCGUCUUCGCCUACGUGCUCAACUACUACCGCACCGGGAAGCUCCACUGCCCGGCGGAUGUGUGCGGACCGCUGUUCGAGGAGGAGCUCUCCUUCUGGGGCAUCGAUGAGACGGACGUGGAGCCCUGCUGCUGGAUGACAUACCGGCAGCACCGGGACGCGGAGGAGGCUCUGGACGUGUUCGAGCUCAACGUGGACAACGGAGAGGAGGACGACGAGAUUGGCAAGAGGCUCGGCAUAGAGGACGUAGCUGCCGACGGGAAUGUGAGCCUGUGGAGAAAGUGGCAGCCGGUGAUCUGGAAUCUAUUCGAGGAUCCGUACUCCUCCAGGGCGGCGAGGUUUAUUGCCUUUGCAUCUUUGUUCUUCAUCCUGGUCUCCAUCACCACCUUCUGCUUGGAGACUCAUGAGGCUUUCAACAAAAUCAUCAACAAGACGGAGUCGGUGCGGAACAGCAGCGUGCCGGACUCAGGUCCGCAGUAUGAGAUUGAAACUGACCCUGCGCUCACGUAUGUGGAGGGCGUUUGUGUCUUCUGGUUCACCAUCGAGUUCCUGGUGCGUGUGACCUUCUGCCCGGUGAAGCUGGAGUUUGUUAAGAGCGUCCUCAACAUCAUCGACUUUGUGGCCAUCCUGCCUUUCUACUUGGAAGUAGGGCUGAGUGGCCUUUCGUCAAAGGCUGCCAAGGAUGUGUUGGGUUUCCUCAGGGUGGUGCGUUUUGUUCGUAUCCUGCGUAUCUUCAAGCUGACACGUCAUUUUGUGGGGCUUAGGGUGUUGGGCCACACGUUACGGGCCAGUACCAACGAAUUCCUGCUGCUCAUCAUCUUCCUGGCACUGGGAGUGUUAAUUUUUGCCACCAUGAUAUACUAUGCCGAACGAAUUGGUGCAAAGCCCAAUGACCCCACCGCGAGCCUCCACACCAAGUUCAAGAACAUCCCCAUUGGCUUCUGGUGGGCCGUGGUAACCAUGACUACACUGGGCUAUGGUGAUAUGUAUCCAGAGACCUGGUCAGGCAUGGUGGUCGGCGCGCUGUGCGCUUUAGCUGGCGUGCUGACGAUAGCCAUGCCUGUGCCUGUUAUUGUGAAUAACUUUGGGAUGUACUACUCCUUGGCUAUGGCCAAGCAGAAGCUGCCCAAGAAGAGGAAGAAACACAUCCCUCAGGUGGUGCAGGGAGGGUCCCCCACCUACUGCAAAGCUGAUCUCAACACCACCUGCAACAGCACUCAAGGUGACCUGUGCCACGUCAAAGGGAGCAGGGUACUAGAACGCAACCGCUCAGUUCUGUCAGCAGACUGCAGUGGGGGCAGUGACCUCACCAUGUCUCCAGAGGAGAGGGUCCCCAUGCGGAGGUCCAGCACCCGGGAACAGGACCGCCGGAGUGGGGGGACGUGUUUCUUGCUUGCUGCUAGUGACUACACCUGCCCUGCAGACGGAGGGAUGCGAAAAACAGAUAACUGCAAAGAGGUUGUCUUUACUGGUUUCACACAAGCAGAGAGCAGUGUUCUAUCCUAAUGGCUUGAGAGAAGGAACCGCCAGGCGGAAAGACAAUUCAUUUCCUAUUUGAAUGACGGUGGGAUAAGACUGUCAUCAGUAUGAGGACCUAUUGCAGUGGGACGACCCCAUUUGGAGCCAUAAGGCCACUCCUACAGGACAAUAUGGACGAGGACGCAAGCAAAAGCCACUGUCUGACAGCCGCCCAGCUCAUGGCUCAGCAAGCAGGAGAGGAAAUUAACGAUCAAAAGGAGAUCUGGGAGGACUUUGAUAAGCAUUCACACUUUCCUGAUUUUCCUGUUUUCGAACUCUGGAGAAAAAAAAAAAGGAAAGCAAAGCAAACAGGACUCAUCCUUUAAAGAGACUAUCUUCUGUAUAGAUACCGCUCCUGUAAAUACGACAACAACACAGCACAUCUGGGCCAAGUGGCUCCGUCCACACAUCUGUCUUUUGAUGGCGAGUCAGGUAACAAGGUGGUUGGUUGCUAAGUUGCGCCGUGACACUCAAUCACUUUUCUUGCUGUGGUAUCCCUCCUCGCAAUAAGUGUAUUAAGAUGUAUCAGUUGAGGCACUUUGUGUUCUAAAAAUGGAGUGUAUUCAUAUAUGAAAUUCUACAUACAGUAUAUACAGUAUAGAGAGACAAAUGUGCUAAGUUGAAUAAAUGUGACAUUAUGGUCAUCUCUG